GGAGCGUUGUCAUUUAAUACAAUUCUCCUGUUAUAUCAACAUGGACCGGGACUUACGCGAUAAAGUUGUACUUAUCACUGGAGGGGCUGAAGGUCUUGGCUUAACCAUAGCUGAUGUUUAUCUUCAAAGAGGAGCCAAAGCUGUAGGUCUUCUGGACAUCAACGCGAAUAACGGAACAGCUGCAGCAAAUACUCUGAACAAGAAAUAUGGACAAAAUAAAGCUGCAUUCUUCAAAUGUGAUGUGACAAGUGAUUUAGAAGACGUGUUCAAACGUGUCAUAGAUACAUACAAAUAUGUUGACGUUCUCGUAAACAAUGCAGGAAUAUUGAACGAUUUCGCUGUAAAGAAAACAAUUGAUAUAAACGUCACGGCUCUUAUUGAAUGGUCCUUGAAAUUUUGGGAACACAUGAGAAAAGAUAAAGGAGGAAAAGGAGGUACCAUCAUUAAUUUGGCUUCGAUUUAUGGAUACAGAGUAGACCAAUAUCUUCCCGUUUAUCAAGCAUCGAAGUUUGCUGUGAUGGGCUUUACGAAGUCUUUGGGACAUAGCUAUAACUACGAGAGAUCAGGUGUUCGGGUCUAUGCAAUUUGUCCAGGGUUCACAGAAACAAGUCUGGUAAAGGAAAUCCACGUCAGCAAUGAGGAGAAGUUUCAAAAAGAUGCAGUCAAUUUCAUCAAGCGACAGCUUUGGCAAAAGCCUGAUGCGGUUGGCAGAGCUGCCUUGGAGACGUUCCUGAAGGCUGAUAGUGGAACAGCUUGGUUGAUUGAAGGUAACAAACCUUUGUUGCAGGUUUAAACACGAAUAUGUGAUACCUAAUAAUAAAAUUGUAAUAUACGUUGUGUUCCUAGCUUUUUUACCAAUGACAACUAAAUCUAACUAUGAGGAAAGAAUUAUUAUGAUUGUUAAUUGUUUCUUUUGAAUAAAUAAAUUUUGCCAGUA